ACUUUGAAUUUCGAGAGCGAUAGUCAGUGUUGCGAUCGUCCAGCAGUCUUCCAAAAAUUGACGUGUUUUCUGGAAUAAACAAUAUGUGAUUGAGUGCUUUUUAACCUUAAAAAUCAAAAAGUUUCUUGUGAUAGUGAAGUGAAAUACUUAAAAUAAUAAACAAUGUUUGCGAACGGACAGGUAGUAGGUGAUGGUACCUGGGACCUUCGGGUUUUUGUCACAGAUCUACAAACGGAGAGGUUGAUUCGCGUAAAAGGAGAUGUCCACAUUGGCGGAGUGAUGUUGAGGCUGGUCGAGGACCUAGAAAUUUCAAUGGAUUGGUCUGACCAUGCGCUUUGGUGGCCCGAUAAAAAUAUAUGGCUGACAAGAACAAGAUCUACUCUCGACCAAUGCGGAGUCCACGCAGAUGCCUUACUUCAUUUUACUCCAAUGCACAAAAUUCUCAGGCUACAAUUACCCGAUCUUAGGUAUUUGGAUAUGCGGGUUGACUUUUCAAUCAAAACUUUCUCCGCUGUAGCUCAACUUUGCAAAGAUUUAGGCUUAAGGCACCCAGAAGAAUUGUCUCUUUCGAAGCCACUGGAACCCAAUCAUUUAAAAUACAAUUAUAAAGACCUGCCAAAGAAAAAAUACGAAAAUGGAACGAAUAGGAACGGACACCUUCCAUCGGAUACCAACACGUUUAUAGCGAAUAGCAGUCCGGGAGGCAGUAACGGAAGUUUGGAUAAGUCUUACAUGUGUGCUCCAGUAACUCCAUCUAGAGGACCGCAAAGUUCAACGCCUGUAAAUAGUCCUAGUGGAAAUGGAACAUGGAACAGAAAUGGUUUCGGCAACGACAUGAAUGGAUCAUUAAAUUAUUCUGGAUACGUACCUAAUAGCGCAAGUCUCGAACAGCUUGAUGGAUCUUUUGAUAAUUCCUUAGCACACAGUCCACCAUCACCCAGUCAAGAAGCCAAGAGGCAUCUUAUUAGACCGAAAUCAUUAAUAGAAAAGGCUCGAAUGAAUGUUGCGUGGUUGGAUUCCUCACUCUCAAUCAUGGAGCAAGGAGUUAGAGAACAUGACACACUGUGCUUAAAAUUCAAGUUCUACUCCUUCUAUGACUUAAAUCCUAAAUACGAUGCUGCAAGGAUCAAUCAAAUCUUUGAACAAGCCAAAUGGCAAUUGUUGAACGAAGAAAUUGAUUGUACAGAGGAAGAAAUGUUGUUGUUCGCCGCAUUACAGUUGCAAAUUAAGUUACAAGCAAAUCAACCGCAACCUGCUUUGGAUAACGGAAGCGCUCCAUCUCCUAUAGAAGACGAUAUAGAUGCCGCUUUGAAUAAUCUUCAGACAACUUUAGAGGGGUCCAGUCUUAAUACUUACUCUAACGACAUCACACAAGUGCCUGAAUUGAGAGAUCAACUUCGGUUCUUAAAGCCUAAGCGGUUUACUCUAAAGGCUUACAAGAAAUACUGGUUCACUUGUCGAGACCUCCAUCUCUUCAUGUAUAAAACUAGGGACGAUAUGCUCAGCUCCCAGAAUCAAGUGUUCAAAACCAGUUUGAAGGGUUGCGAGGUCACUCCCGAUGUGAACAUUACACAAAACAAAUAUGUUAUAAAACUGGAAGUACCUAGUCCUGAAGGAAUGUCCGAAAUGUAUAUACGCUGUGAUGAUGAAACCCAAUACGCAAGAUGGAUGGCUUGCUGUAGAUUAGCAGCGAAGGGUAGAUCUUUAGCUGAUAGUUCUUAUGAAACCGAAAAGAAGACCAUAUUGGAUUUCCUCCACUUACAGAGGCCUUCAGAGCAACCAGUUCUGAAUCCUAAUGGCUUGGAUCUGCAGAUAGAGGAUUACAUUGCUCCUAAAUAUCUGAAGAAGUCUAGAGGAAAGUUGACUCAGAGAAUCCUAGAAGCCCAUGCCAACGUUAAGGAUCUCAGCCUUAUCGACGCCAAAAUGAACUACAUUAAAGCCUGGCAACUCCUCCCAGAAUUCGGAAUCAGCCUGUUCGUCGUUAAGUUCAUGAACUCCAAGAAGGAAGAACUAUUAGGAGUCGGCUACAACCGCAUUAUGAAGAUGGACAUCAACACAGGAGACCACCAAAAGACGUGGAGAUUUAACACGAUGAAAGCCUGGAACGUCAACUGGGAACACAAACACAUGAUGGUCCAAUUUGAAGAAGAAAACAUAAUUUUUAGUUGCUUAUCGGCAGAUUGCAAGGUCAUCCAUGAGUUUAUCGGAGGGUACAUAUUCUUGUCGACUCGGUCGAAAGAUGCCAGCCAAACGCUUAACGAGGAGUUAUUCCAUAAAUUAACAGGGGGGUGGUCGUAGAUUAUAAAAAUUAGUGCCUUUAAUGAAAUGUGUCAAUUAAUAUUUUUAGAGCACGCUUCUCUCAGUAGAUCUUCUUAUUAUUAAGAUUAUUGAAUCUCUUACAAUACAAUAAGUUGUCAAUGAUAUACCACACAAUAAGUAUAGGUGCCAAAUAGUCUAUUACGUCGGUUUAUAGAUAUUUUUCAUUUUAGAAAUGAUAGAUUAACAAACCAAAUAUUUUAAAACGGUUGACGUGUCUUUAAGAUUCAAUAAAGUUUCAACUUGCAUGUUUCAGUUCCAUAAUUAGGUCUUCCAUCUUAUUAUAUUAUCACUACUAUUAUUGAUCCUGGGCACAAGUUUUGUCACAUACGUGCCACUGUAUGGGUAAAAGGAGUACAGAAAUUGAGUGCUAUUUUGUGCAACGUAAAAAUUAACCCAAGGGGGUGUCUGAAUUUACCAUUUAAUGACGAAUAAAUGGAUGAACUGCUUUCCAGAUGUUCCACACUAAAGUUGUCAUAGGAAACCAUGGCAUUAAGGGAAAUGCCAUAUUGCCAGAAAUUAAGAAAACCAUAUUAUAGCUCCUCAACAAUAAAAUCACACAACCUUCUAACUCCAGUCCUUUUCUCAUGGCGGACAAACGAAAUUGUUCGCCCGCUAGAGGACCAAUAUCUCUAGAAGGACAGGACAGAUCUCGUUAGAGGAAUCUGGCAUCAUGGCAGUGUAAAUAAACAUUUAGAUUAUGCUUAUUCUCUUGGCAGAUUUUAAGACGCAGUUCUCGAAGUGGUAAAUACAAUUCUUAUGAAAGUUAUAUACAGAUUGGACAAAAAAAUGCUAAAAUUUUAGUAUUAACGUUAAUUAAUCGGAGCAAAAAGCAUUUUCAGGACAAAUAUUUUCCAACACUAUUUAUAUAGUUUACUAUACUGAAAAGUAUUUUCGACUUACACCGUUAAAAUGUAUUUUUUGUAUUUUUAAAAAAGAAUUUGUUAUCUUCUAAUAAGACGAUCUAUUGUAAUUUUUGUGUAAGAUUAAAACAUUAAUAAACUUAAUUCAAGUUAAUAGUUUUAAUAAUAAUUGACCCAGAUUUGCUUACUUUGGAAUUGUUUUAUAUGUUGAUUUUUGUAAAUAAUAUUGUCAGUAUUUCGGACGAGUCGAGUGGAAUUCAGUAUGUUUUUUAAUAUAUAUAGCUGUAGAAUCGACUAUCGCAUCAAUAUUUUUACAUAAUUAUGAUAUAUCAGUAUGUAAUAAUUGUUGCAUAAGCGCAGAAACAGACGAACCAUUCUGCAGCGCUACUCUGUGGCGCCGCAAAGUAGCUUCCGAUGAUUAGCCGUAAAUUGUUAUGUAAAUUAAACGUGCCAUUCCAGACGAGCGAUAGUGGCCAGCCACUAUCGUCUGUUGACGUUAAAAAAAUCGUUGGCGCUACAAAAUCGCCUGUCUAUGCCACUCCGUGGCGCCACAGAGUAGCGCUGCAGAGUGGCUCGUCUGUUUCGGGGCUAAGUCAGAGUUCGUAAUGUUGAAGCCUGUUGAGACCGAAGAAUUGUAGUUUAAAGUGUAUAAAGAUGUCUGACACCUGCGAUUAUUUCAAACGUUAUAUUUGCAGUUGUCAUUUCGACUAAUUUCGCUGGGGUACCCGUCUAGAUUGGCCAAUAUAGGUACAUAAAAUAUGUUAAAGUAAAAAAAUAUUUUAUCUGUAAUUAAUUGGAUGUGCCUUUAGAGCAAAUGUAAUGCCUUUUUAUUUUACACUGUUUGGGUUGUAGUAAAAUAAAAAAGGCGAUCGAAAUAUUUCCAGAUAGAUAAUAUUUAACAUACUUUAUUGAUACUGAUUUUCAAAUUUGUUAUUCGCUUCAGUGGAAAUUCAGUGGUUUCCAAUUGAUCAGCCACAUCUUGGAACCUUUGUCCUAAGAGGCAGAUAUCGUUAGCGUAUUCUAGAUCGCUUAGGCGUGUAGUUAACAUCCAUUGUAUCUCUCUUGUGUCGGAGUCUAGAUUGGCAAAAGAGAGAACAUAGUUACAGCUAUGUUAAAAAGAAGCGGAGAAAGUACGCAUCCCUGUCUGACUCCAGUAAGUACGUUAAAUUCGUCACUGCUGAUCCCAUUGUUUGUCCCGCUGCAUUUCGCCUCAGCAUACAGUGCUUUUAUAAUGGAAAUUAUUUUUUGCGGGGGAUGUUUCUUAGUUCUAAAAUUUUCCAUAUAGCAGCAUGAGAUACGCUGUCAAAGGCACGCUAGAAAUCGACAAAAACCAUUAUAUAGGCGCGUGUUUCAUUAAAUCGAUUGUUCCACUAUCACUCUCACAGUAUUAAUGUGGUGUAUGCAGGAGGAUUCUGGUCUAAAGCCUGCUUGAUUAGCUCGAAGUUCAACAGAGACGUUUAAUUGUACCUGUACCUAUAAUUUUUUUUUCAAAAAUGAAAGUUUUGCAAUGCAGUAAUGGACAGAGCUACAGUGUUACAACAAUAGGGAAGUCUUGAUUGAUAAUAUAAAAAUAUAUUGACAAACGAAAGUUUUACUUUUAAUAGUAACAAUAUUAAAACUAAAACUUUACUAGAACUAAUCUUAUGGUUACACCAUUCGUGCUAAGAAGGCCGAGAGAGAUCUGUCAGGUUGCAUCUCACUACCCGCCUGUCCAGCACGGUAAAAUUCCAACAAAGAUUAGUUCCCAAUACUCAGAAUAGGAAUGGAACUAAUAGACGGAGAGGCAGCGCUGAAAAAUCUAUUUGAAUUUACUAAAGCUAAAUUUUUCACAGUUGAUUACUAUGAUUGUGUAAACAAACAUACUGCGGUCGGUCAAGCAAAACGUAGAACAGGGGUUACUGAGAGGGUAUCAAAGUUGCUUUCCUACGAAGGUAAUUAAAUCCAUUUAAUAAGGCUGAAAAUCAGUACACACAUUCUAAAUUAAAUAUAAAUAAAAGUUAUUAUAGUCGGUCAGCUGUAUGACGGGACAGAGCCGGUCGGUCGUACCCAAUGAAUGUACAGCGUUAUUCACAAUAUUUUGACCCCCUUGUAAACUGCUUUAUUUACAGAAUUAGAAAAAAAUGUAAAACACAAAAGUUAUUCGAUUUUUUAAUUAUGAUUUUUGACAUAUAUAUCGUACUAGUGACGUCAUCCAUCUGGGCGUGAUGAUGUAAUCGACUAUUUUUUUUAAAUGAGAAUAGGGGUCGUGUGCUAGCUCAUUUGAAAGGUUAUUCAAUUCUCUAUACAGUACUAUAAACAAUAAGAUCAUUAUUUAUACAGGGUGUCCAAAAAUUUUUUUGAACUACAGUAGAGCGUCAAUAAUCCGAACUAAUUGGUACAGGGGUAGUUCGGAUUAUCGAACAUAUGUUCAAAAUAUCCAUACAAAGCUCAUAAACAUAGUACAUAUUAUGUACAUACGUUUUAGUUACAAGGCAUAAAACAACUGCAUAAUAAACAAAUAUAUUGUAUGUAUUUCUGCAUAAACAAAACAAAAAUCCGCGGUCAUAUUUUGCCCAUAUUGUCAUCCAAAAAUUCGGUCCGUGAUCAUAUUUUUUAAUUUUAUAAUUUUUUUUGCGUUCGGAUUAGCGAUCGUUCGGAUUACCAGGGUUCGAAUUAUCGACGCUCUACUGUAUUAAUUAAACAAUUAAUUUAAUUAAAAAAAUUUUUUUGGACAUCCUGUAUAAUUAAUCAUGUUAACGUAUAUAUUACUGAAUAGGGAAUUGAAUAACCUUUCAAAUAAGCUAGCACUCGACCCCUAUCCCAUUUAAAAAAAUAGUCGAUUACGUCAUCACGCCCAAAUGGAUGACGUCAUUAGUACGAUAUAUAUGUCAAAAAAUCAUAAUUUAAAAAUUGAAUAACUUUUGUAUUUUACAUUUUUUCUAGUUCUGUAAAUAAAGCAGUUUACAAGGGGGUCAAAAUAUAGUGAAUAACCCUGUACAUUCACUGGGGCCGACCGACCGGCUCUGUCCCGUCAUACAGCUGAACGACUAUAAUAACUUUUAUUUAUAUUUAAUUUAGAAUGUGUGUACUGAAUUUCAGCCUUGGUAAAUGGAUUUAAUUACCUUCGUAGGAAAGCAACUUUGAUACCCUCUCAGUAACCCCUGUUCUAUGUUUCGCUUGACCGACCGCAGUAUGUUUCUCUACACAAUCACAGUAAUCAACUGUGAAAAAUCUAGCUUUAGUAAAUUCAAAGAGAUUUUUCAGCGCUGCCUCUUGGACUAUAAUAAAAAUAAUAAAUAAUCAUUUCGUUGUGAAAUGAAACAAGAGCCGUUUUAUUUUAGUUAGUUUAGAGAGCGCCAAAAGCACUCUAACUACUUUCAACCCUUGUUAGGGUUUCUGCAGAGAGAGCAAAUUGUGCGCUUUAAUUGCUAUUAUUUAUUAAAGAUAUAUUGCUUUACACCGCCAAAUAAAAAUAGCCCAUGAAACUAAUGUGUCUUUUUUUGUAAUACUAUAUUGAAUUUGACUCGCUCGAGGUUAAAAUCUUUUAAUUGGAUUAUAUUUAUUGUAAUAUAAUUGUAAUGCUUAUAUAUUUACACUGUCGAAUUUGUUGCCUUUCAUGUUAUAUAUUACGUAUAUAUUAAUGUUACUAAAUAUUCUAGACACUAUUUUUACCACGUUUAUAUUUUAACUUUUAAAAAAUUACAUGCAAUACUAUACAGUACAUAUACUAUUUUAUAUAAAUUGAUUUAUGUACAAAAGUUAUUAAUAAAGUAUAACAGUUUAA